AUGCUUUGUCGCACAUCCAUAUCAUUCUUGGUUUUUUUAUCAACUGUUCAUAGUUUAUUUGCGGCAGCACCAUGGGAAGAUGAGGUUCGAGAACAAUGGUGGUUCGACAGACACAAUGGCUUUUUGAAUCAGAUACGGGCAAAUGCAAGUGGUAUUCGUGUAGUCUUUCUUGGUGAUUCGAUUACAGAAGGUUGGUUAGGAGGAGCUCGAAAUCUUUGGAAUCAGCAUUACGCAGCAAGAGGAGCUGUUAACUUUGGCAUUGGAGGUGAUAGAACGCAACAUAUUCUGUGGCGUAUACAUAAUGGUGAACUCGACGGCAUUCAACCGAAAUUGAUUGUACUAAAAAUUGGUACGAACAAUGUUGGUGGCAAUACAGCAGAUGAUAUUACACGAGGAAUAACGAAAAUCGUCCAAGAUAUAAGAGCAAAAUUACCACAAGCACGUUUGCUUCUAUUGAGUAUUUUACCAAGAAACAAUGGAGCAUUUAACAAUAAAAUACCAAGUAUUAACACAGCAAUCUCAAAGUUAGAUGAUAAUUACUGGGUGAAAUAUCUAGAUCUUACAUGGAAUUUUCAAGAUGCGGUUGACCAUGUUAUACCUGAGCUUUUCACUGCUGAUCUGCUUCAUUUAGCUCUACCUUAG